AUGCCUUUCACCGCCUCUGACAUCUGCAAGAUCAUCUUCGCCAUCGUCCUCCCUCCUCUAGGUGUCUUCCUGGAGCGCGGAUGCGGCGCCGACUUGCUAAUCAACAUCUGUUUGACCAUCCUGGGUUACAUCCCUGGUAUCAUCCACGCUCUGUACAUUAUCCUAAAAUACUAG